CCGAGCAGCUCCUGCAGCCUGUCACCGGCAGCCCCGGCCGCCUCAGUCCCUGCAAGAUGGCGGAGAGCGAGAGCCUGGAGACCGUCACCGAGCACGAGAGGAUCCUGCAGGAGAUCGAGAGCACCGACACGGCGUGCGUGGGGCCUACCCUGCGCUCGGUGUACGAUGACCAGCCAAACGCUCACCAAAGGUUCAUGGAAAAGCUGGACACCCGCAUCCGAAAUCACGACCGAGAAAUCGAGAAAAUGUGUAACUUUCACCACCAAGGCUUCGUGGACGCGAUUAACGAGCUCCUGAAAGUGAGGGCCGACGCGGAGAAGCUGAAGGUGCAGGUUACCGAUACCAACCGAAGACUCCAGGAAGCCGGGAAGGAGGUGAUCGCUAAAACCGAAGAAAGUAUCAAGUGUAGAAUUCAGCAAAGAAACAUUGCGACGGUGAUUGAUAAGCUGCAACUGUGCCUUCCAGCACUGGAAAUGUACAGCAAACUAAAGGAGCAGAUGAGCGGCAAACGAUAUUACUCUGCUCUGAAGACGAUGGACCAGCUGGAGAACAUUUAUCUCCCCAAAGUUUCCCAAUAUCGUUUUUGCCAGAUCAUGGGUGAAAAUCUGCCCAAGUUGCGAGAGGAGAUCAAAGAAAUCUCCAUGUCGGGUCUCAAAGACUUCUUGGAAAGUAUCCGGAAGCAUUCAGAUAAGAUAGGCGAGACGGCUAUGAAGCAGGCACAGCAGCAGAAAACCUUUCACAUUGCGCUGCAAAAACAAACCAAUGACAAUUACAACAAAAACACGUACAUUAUCAUCAACGGCCAUGUAUCCGAAACGGAAAACCGUUUCAAAUCAAAAUGUCAGACGCCUGAAGAUGAAGACGCAGAGGAAGAGGUCCUUAGCGUUCAGGAUCUGGUGGAUUUCUCCCCCGUAUACAGAUGUCUUCAUAUUUAUUCUGUCCUGGGCGAUAAAGAAGUAUUUGAAAACUACUACAGAAAACAAAGAAGGAAGCAAGCCAGAUUAGUACUGCAGCCCCAGUCAAACAUGCACGAAACGGUGGAAGGCUAUAGGAAAUAUUUCAGCCAAAUCGUAGGAUUCUUCGUGGUGGAAGAUCACAUUUUACACGUAACGGAAGGUUUGGUGACCGCGGCGUACACCGCCGAGCUCUGGAACAUGGCGCAGUCAAAGAUCAUAGCGGUUCUUCGAACGUAUUCGUCGUAUUGCACCGAUCCCGAUCUUGUGCUGGAGCUGAAGAAUCUGAUUGUUGUGUUUGCCGAUACUCUGCAGGGCUACGGUUUUCAAGUAAAUCGCUUGUUUGAUCUCUUGUUUGAAGUAAGAGACCGAUAUAAUGAGACUCUCCUUAAAAAAUGGGCUGGGAUAUUCAGGGACAUUUUUGAAGGUGAUAAUUAUAGUCCUAUCCCGGUGGCAAAUGAGGAAGAGUACAAGAAUGUAAUUAGUAAAUUCCCGUUUCACGACCAAGAAACCGAAAAGCAUCCAUUUCCAAAGAAACUCCCGAUGUCGCAGUCCGUUCCUCAGAUCUACACGCAGGUCAAGGAGUUCAUUUAUGCGAGCCUUAAGUUUUCUGAAUCCCUUUAUCGAAGCUCUACAGAAAUAGAUGAUAUGCUUAGAAAAUCUACAAAUUUACUUCUCACUAGAACCCUAAGCAGCUGUUUGCAAAACCUCAUAAGGAAACCACACAUCGGUUUGACUGAACUGGUGCAGAUCAUUAUAAACACCACACACCUGGAGCAGGCCUGUAAAUACCUGGAAGACUUUAUAACCAACAUUACCAACGUCUCGCCCGAGACCGUGCACACGGCGAGGCUCUACUGUCUGUCUACCUUCAAAGAUGCAAGGCAUGCGGCAGAAGAAGAAAUAUACACCAAACUUAACCAAAAAAUUGAUGAAUUUAUCCAGUUGGCCGACUAUGAUUGGACUAUGUCGGAGCCGGACGGAAGAGCCAGCGGAUACCUAAUGGAUCUGAUUAAUUUUUUACGAAGCACAUUUCAAGUAUUUACCAAUUUGCCUAAUAACAGCAAUGACCACGGAGCUAUGUCGGGGAAAGUUGCUCAAACAGCUUGCAUGUCCGCUUGCAAACACCUCUCCACAUCUCUAACCCAAAUGCUCCUGGACACCGAUUUGAAGCAGAUAAGCAUGGGAGCCAUCCAGCAAUUUAACUUAGACGUCAUACAAUGUGAAUUAUUCGCGAGUUCCGAUCCUGUUCCAGGAUUUCAGGAGGAUACGCUCCAGUUAGCAUUCAUCGAUCUCCGACAACUGUUGGACCUCUUCAUGGUCUGGGAUUGGUCAACAUAUCUGGCUGAUUAUGGUCAACCGACAUCCAAGUAUCUGAGGGUGAACCCAAGCACGGCUUUGAUUCUGUUGGAAAAGAUAAAAGAAAGCAAUAAAAGGAACACCAUAUUUGCCCAGUUCAGGAGGAAUGACCGAGACAAGCAGAAGUUAGUAGACACUGUGGUGAAACAGCUGAGGAACUUGGUCACCGGGAUGUCCCAGCACUCAUAGUACGCUACGCCUCCUCCUGCUGCCGGCCGACUACAACUCUCGUCAUCCUUCCAAAUGCCCAAAGGCGCGAGAUAACGGCCAAUGAUUGAACUCAUUCUUGAGUUGAACAGUUUGUACAAAAAAACAAAAAAAAAAACAGAUUUCUGCUAAGGGAUUGGACAGCAGAAACCCCGAGUUUCUAGAACUUUUUAUUGAAAUGAUAUUUUCUAUAUAUAUCAGAAACGAGUGCGGUAACAUUACGAUGGCAUCAUGAAUAUAUUGUAAAUACGUUAUUGGAAAUGCUUACAUAUUGCUGCUAGAUCCCGCCGUCUCUCUGCUGCUGAGGUGUGAACAAGGAUUUCUUGGACACGCUACCUUUUUUAAAAAACCGGAAUUAAUGAAGACAAAUGAGUUGAUAAUUAACCUUUUGAGAUCUGGGGUA